UUGGCGAACCUUUGGAUUGGAGUCCCCGAAGCGCCUCUCGAGCGGCGAGAUGGUUGAAGGCAAGCAGUGGCCCGAGCGCCGCUGGGAUCUAUGGGCUAGUGCCGUGGCCCUGAACAUGGCGGCGGGGUGUGCGUACGACUACAGUGCCUUCAGCCCUGCCAUUAAGGAGACAUUUGGCCUGACCUUGCGCGAAACUGACCUAGUCGCAACCUCAGCUCAACAAAUGCCACACAAGCUGAGGUGCAAACCUCCUGACAUGUGGAAACCCUGACCACAGGUUUUCAACUUUUCUUGGUUCUUCUAUAGCAUCACCUGCUACGGCUACAGCAUUUGCAACCAACGGCUGGGCCCAAAGAGAGCACCGCGCUUGGGCUGCUGUGCCAUGCUUGCAUGCAACGUCCUGAUCGUGUACAACUUGCUGCAUCCCAUUCUGCCAGGCUCGGGUGGCGCUGCGCUCAUGACGCUGCUCAUGGGCCUGGCUUGGGCAGGUCAAGGCACCAGCCUGGGGGCCUGCUACCAGAGGGUCAUGCAAGUCUUCCCGCAGACAGCUGGUGUAUCCAUAGGUGUGCUGAAGGCGUCCCUUGGCACUGGGGGUGCGGUGGCCCCGGCACUGUUCUUCGGCCUGUGGGGCAGCCGGCCACCUGGCAAUUUUCUGGGCAUGCAGCUCUUCCCAGCCUUUACCAGCCUUUCUUUGGGAGCAACGAUUAUAGCUUUCACUUUCUGUGUGGGUGCCGAACCGGGCUACUCGCGUACAGAGAAGAGGAGGAUCCACUCUACAGCGCUGGCGAUCAUAUUCACAACUGCAGCUGCAACAGCAAGCAGUCUUUGUCCCGUAGGGGCCAUGAGCACCGCGCUGCUGGUCUUGACACUUGUUUUGCUCCUGGCGCUUUUUCUCAGCAUCGCAUGCGCUGGCGAUGAGAUGUCAACUCUGCAGGGGUCAAGCGAGACAAGUGACUCAAGUGAUGAUAUGCACAUCACAGUCCAACAGGCAUGCCAGACAAUCGAAUUUUGGAUGUACAUCUCUGUUUACUGCAUAUCUGCAGGCUCAGGCCAACUGAUCCUGACCAACCUCGCACAGAUUGCAACUGUUAUAGGCUUUCCUCAUCAAUGCCAAGCACUUUUGUGCUGCUUUUCCACAUGUAAUAUGCUUGGCCGGCUCCUUUUCGGAGCUAUCUGCGACAUGCUUCAACGCCGCCGUGCCUCCCGGACCCUCCUUUUCGUCCUCACCAAUUUCCUUGCUGCCAUUGGUCAGAUGCUUUUCUUCGCGGCGGCCACGAGUCAAUCGGUCCUGCUGCUGUUCGCAGGGGCCCUUGUUGUGGGUUUGGCCUUUGGUGGCACCUUUCCGACUUUGGUGAAUGUGUGCGCAGCUCGUUGGGGGCGUUCGACCUUGAGUGCCAACUGGACCUUCAUGGAUGCCGUGGGAAACGGCUUUGCGUCCCUGCUGUUUGGCUGCUUCUUGGGCAGCUUUUCCUAUGACCGGAAUUCAGACAGCAGCCAGCAUUGCUAUGGGUCACACUGCUUCGCCCUUCCACACUUGGUGAUGGCAGUGACUUGUACAAUCGGCAUCCUGUUGUCCGCGAUGAUUGUGAAGAGACACCCAAAGAGCAAGGAGAUUCGACGAUCUUUGUCGACCUUGUCUAGACGUUCUGCAGCCCUUGCUAGCUUUGACAUUUCAAGCGAUGCAACUUGAUAAAGAACAAAGAAAUCAAUACAA